GCAGAGGAGCAGUCCAUUUAUUUUCCCUUCUGAAUAGCGUGUGCGCGCCCCAAAAAGACACGGUCCGCCGUCGACCACGCAGGCGAGUCGUUAGAAGAGAAGUGGAGGCAGCGGCAGGGAGGGAGGGGAGGAGCGCCGCCAUGGCCUCGCGCUUCAACUCCCGCAUCUCCUCCGGGGACUUGAGGUCGGGGAGCUCGCUGACGGUGGGGGAGCGGCUCUGCGCGGUGGUCCUGCCCUUCGUCGCCAUCGCCGAGUUCGUCUUCUUCGCGCUCACCGACUGCCUGGCCGGCAUCUGCUCCCCUCCCUCGGCCUCCUCCUCCUCGCACCCGCGCAGAGAUCCCUCCGCCCCGUCCUUCUUCCUCAUGGCCAAGAAGGGGAGCCACCACCACCACCACCUCCUCCGCCGCCGCGUCGCGCCGGGCUGCUCCUCCCUCAGCUUCCGCGACCUCGCCCGCCUCGCCGACGAGUCCAGAUGCUUCUCGGUGAACGAGGUGGAGGCGCUGUUCGAGCUCUACAAGAAGAUCAGCUGCUCCAUCAUCAACGACGGCCUCAUCCACAAGGAAGAACUUCAGCUAGCAUUAUUCAAGACUCCUAGUGGGCAGAAUCUUUUUCUUGAUAGGGUUUUUGAUUUGUUUGAUGAGAAGAAAAAUGGAGUAAUAGAGUUUGAGGAGUUUAUUCAUGCUCUCAGUGUCUUUCAUCCAUUGGCACCUGUGGAAGACAAGAUCAACUUUGCAUUUAGGCUCUAUGAUUUGAGACAGACUGGCUUUAUUGAGCGCGAGGAGGUGAUGCAAAUGGUUAUUGCCAUUUUGAAUGAAUCUCAUGUGGAAUUAUCGCAUGACCUUCUUGAGGCCAUCCUAGACAAGACAUUUGAGGAUGCUGAUACCGAUAGGGAUGGAAAAAUUUGCCAAGAAGAGUGGAAGGAAUUUGUAUUACGCCAUCCUAAACUAUUGAAGAACAUGACUCUACCCUAUCUAAGGGACGUCACAACAGCGUUCCCAAGUUUUGUUUUCAAUACCGCGGUUGAAGACUAAACAUCACAAGGCUUGUACUUGAUGGUGACAAGUUGGUUGCUGAUUGCGUCAGCCGUUGAGAAUUGGGAUGCUGAGAAACAGAGCAGCCAUGUUAAGGAUGGCUGUUGCUUCAGGAUGGACAUCAGAUAAUCAACCCGGCAACUGAAGAGUCCCAUUCAUGAUGGCAAAUUGGCAGCUAACGGCGUCUGGUGUGCAUUGUGUUGUACUAACUGUAUAUACACCAUUCAUUCAAGAACAGGACAGCGUGAUAUGAGGAGUCUAAGUUGCUCAUAUACAUAGAUAGGAGGAAUCUAAGUUCCGCAAAUGCCAGCCAGUUCCGCGCAAUUUUGUGAAUGCUAACUUGUGAUGUUGUAGCGUCCAUUAUCUAGACUAUCCUAAUCCUAGCGCCAACAUAUGUCAUGGCUAAGCCAUGAUUGAUGUAUAUAUAAUCGAAAACCUUUCCGAGACGCAUGCUUUUGCUUGGUGA